CGUGGCCGAAGAAAGCUAUACAUAACAUGUAUUCACAUUUGUACAACUUUUCGCAUUUCGGUUCGAUCGUUGACAAAAUAAAGAAAAAUAAGGCAACAAAUAUUCUAUUGGAGGAUUACAUCAAAUUCAUCGAAGAUCUUAACAGCUAUGUUAAUCAAGGAAAAUGGAGCCAAUUUUCCGUUGGGCAUGAAAGAUGGCAAUCGCUAUCCCAAUUCAUCGAAAAUCAAAUUCCCACAUCUGGACAAAUUCAUGACAGACUCUUGGAGAGUUACAGUCUAUCAAAAAUCCUUACCAACAAAAUUAUACUUCGAAAAACUGCUGGUGUUUUGGGGGAAGAACAUCCAUUGGUUGUGGCAAUGAAACGCUUGAAAUCUGGAUCAACGGAAGAAGAAUGUACCGACCACAAGAAAAAAUUCAAAAGUGAUUCGGCAAUGCGGGAGCAUUUGAAAUCUUUUCAUCCAGAAGUAUAUGUUGGAUCUGCUGCCCACGAUGAACCUGGACCCUCUGACAUUGGUCUCCCAGUUUUGGAUAUUCCUGAAAUUAUGGAUACCGAAGAUACCGAAAUACCAUCAUCGGUUAUGGAAGCUGAUUUUUCCUGUAUUGAAGAAGAUUCCUCCGAAGAUGAUGACCAACCUGAAAUUCAACAAAUUAUUCUGUCAUCAGAUGAAGAAGAAGAAGAUUUCGAAGAAACCACAGCACCCGAAGCAAGUUCAUUCUUUGAAGGUUUGCCGAAUCUUCUCAGCGAAAAUGAACUGCGAUUGUUUCAUGGUUUCGCAAAGAACAUCAUAAAAUGCCGGGUAAAUGGAACCAGAAUUUGUGAUAUCGCUCAGAUCACAGAGGCAACUUAUUCACACAAUCUUGAUCGUUGUUUUUUCAUUGUUUCUGUAAGUUUAAUUAUUAUCAUUUGUAUUUUUUUACAACUAAAUCGACGACUUAAAAAAAUUUGGCUCAUUUUUACAUGUUAUAAAAGUUCAUUUGUUUUACCCGAUGAAUGUUUAACCUUUAGUAUUGUAUAUAUUUGA